UUAUUUUAAAAGACUUAGAAUUGCUUCUGUGUGCAUUUAAUUUUACAAGUCAAAUAGCACAUGAAUGAUUUUGUUUGGCGCAGACGUAUCUGUGUUUUACCGUUGUAGUCAUUGGACGUUAUGACUUAAUAGCAAUAUGGCGUCCCCCACUGCCAGUCCUGUCAGUAAAAGUAAAAAUAUGCCGUUGGAAAAUGAUUGGUCAGGUGUGAACAAAAAACUGAGGAAACAAGGACUUCCAACAGUAACCACUGUCCAUCCUGCCGAUGUACAACAUAUAUCGGGUAUGCAGAUAUGUCUUGAUCGAGCAAACAACAACAUUGUGAAAGAAAACCUCCUCUCACUGAUUGCGGACUGCGAACACAGACAGACACUUGUACAGGACCUCAUCUCAAAAAAUAACCAACUCAAGGAAGAAGUUUCUAAGCAAACUGAGUUAGCUGAGAAAUAUUUCAGUCAGAUGAAAGACCAUAAGAUAAUGUUGGAGAGCUCUCGUGCUAGAGUAAAGGAGCUAGAGUCUGACCAGCCAUCAGAGCAAGGCCUGGAUGAAAUAUGGGAUGUGGGUGACAGGACACGAAACACACGCUCCGCCAUUGUUGCAAAGAAUCGGGAUCUUGAGUACAAGUGUAAACAACAGGAAAAGGAAUUACGGAGAUUGAAGGAUAAACUACACAACAUGACAAAACAGGAGGAGAAUCGUAACCAGAGGGUUGCAGAUGUGUUUCAAGAGUUCAGACGGCGGACAGCCCGUGCCCACCACACCAUGGAUGAUAAAUUGCUAGAUGUGAUUGACUCAUAUGAGAGACAGCUACAGAAAUUGGAAAGAGAUUUAGAGAUUUACAGGAAUGGUGAAAGUCACAGGUCUGAUGAGACUGCCGAAGAUGACAUUUCUUCCUUUCAUUCUGUUGCCCACCACAGUGAGACUUCAUCCAACUUCAAGAAACUAAUCAGGGCAUAUGAAAAACAGAUAAAGGAGUUGAAUGUCCAGGUGAAAAAACUGGAAGAUGAGAAAGAGAUCAUCAAGAUGGACGUCAAUGCCAGACCUGAAGUUAAAGAUUACAGAGUGGUUCAACUGAGAGUUAAUAAACUAGAGAAACUGUUGGCCCUACAUAACAUCAGCAUACCAGGAGAGAAGGUUAAGAUUGACCCUUACAGAAUGAAGAGGAAGUUCAGUACCCGGGUAGAAGAUCUGGAUUAUUUGCCCUUGGACCUCUGUCAUCAGUACCUGAAGGACAUAAGCAUUGAGCUGGAAGUGAAGGAGCUUGAUACAGUGAUUCCCCGCAUACAGCGGAUGGGCAAACAGCUGGAGGAGGUCAGCAAAUAUGAACAGUUCUGUCGCUCGGCCCAGGACAUAGUUAACAGCCUGUCAGACAGCGAGCGUAAGGAGCGACGGGGGAAUCACAAGAUGGGUCAUGUAUCCUCUGACACCCUCAACCACAUGCUGACUGUACUGGAAAACUGGCGGGACGAUGAACAAGGGAUGGAGGAGUUGCAAAUGUCCAUUAACCGGCUUGGUGAACGGUGUGCCCCUUGGUUGAAGAUUCGCCUGGUGGGUGAGCCGACCAUGGCCAAGAUUACCAGCGCUGUGGACAGGAUUGUGUAUGAUGAUGGAAUAGAGGCCCAGGAUGGGCAGGAGCACCCGAACCGGGCAGUCUUGGAGAAUAUUGUCUCCCACUUCCAGACCCUGUUCGACGUCCCGAGCGUAUCUGGAGUGUACCCUCGAAUGAACCAGAUCUUUACCAAACUUGGAGAGGUUCACAAUGUACUCAAUACUCUCAAGAAUCUGCUUGGUCUCAGCAAGGAUGCAAAAUCGGCCGCCAUCGUAGACGGUGUGGGGAGACUUGUACAACAACACAACACCACCACCGUACAACAGCUGAAGACCCUGCUGCAGACAGAGGACUUGGAUGGUGUCAUAAGGCGACUACAUGAGCAUCAGGAAUUCUUCCCAGCCUUCUAUGAGAUCAUGAACAAACUCAUUGAAAUUUUAGACUUGAGGAAGAUGGACCAGGUCAUUCCAGCUGUACGGGCUCUCAAACUUCUCGCCAACUGACCACACACUGUUCCACUGAUGUUUCUCUUUUACUUGACUUAUACUUGACUUUUCAAUAUGAUCUAGGGCAAGUUGCAUAGGCAAAGAGUUUUGGCGCUUUAACUUCGUGCUAACUAACCAUAAAGUGACUACCAUCUACAACUGAGCAUAUGCUGGACUCAUAUUAAAUGUAGCACCCAAUCUGUGUGAUGGAGAUUACGUGUGGGCUCUUAGCUUUGGUCACAAAAUGACUAGACUGCUUUAUUGGAAUACCACAGAAAAAAGGCUCUACCUAUCAAAGAUUGUUUUAGUAAGCCAAAGAGGUUUAUGUAGCCAGACAAUGGCAGCAACAAACAGGAUCAAGGAAGGUUAAUCCACACCUCGGUGAAGUCCAUGAGGCAAUUUAGGCUUGCCCAAACAUCUGUGAAGUGCUUAUAGAUAAUACAAUAGAAUAUUGAAUACUGUUACAUGGUCAUUUGUUACAGAGCGUCAUGAAGUGAACUGUUUAUGCAACCUGCCCCAAUUUAGUGACAUUGUCCAGAUAUCAGACAUUUUUUUUACAUUCUGAUCCAUUGAUAUUAGGUUAUCUUCACAAGUUCUGUUUACAUGUGUUUUUAUUUAUUUGUAUUUGAAAUGAAGCUGAAUAAUGAGGAGACAAGCACAUUCAGUAUAUUGGAGACCAGCACUGUGUGGGGACGUCCGAUUUAUUAACUUCUAUUAUACUAGAGAUCUGUGAUAAAAAUAUAACUAUCUAGGCAGCAAACCUUUGUAAUUAUUAUUAUUAUUUUAUGAUAUAUGUAAAUAGCUGUAAAGGUUGAACUCUUUAUAACAUUUAGAUCUGACAAUUGACUAAGCCAUACUACAUUUCUUUGUCAAAUGCCAUUUGAGUUGUUGAUAUGAUAUGUUACAGUGACUGAGGAAGACUAGAUUGUCUGUAUUUCAAAGAUAAAAAGUUAGUUGAUAUAUUACCCUAUCCCUUGUGUCAUUGGCAUCGGUAUCAGCAUUGUUCAACUUUAACCAUGGGCAUUAUUCAAGUUUCAAGAUUUGCUAAUGAAACUUGUAUAUGCGUUGCCAGAGGUAAUACACACAUGAACAGCAAGGCAAAGAACUCUGGCUGAAAAAAUUGCUGCGUAGGUACAUGUUUAUCCGUUUUUAUACUGAAAAAUACAGAUGAGCAAUUAUGUUCUCCCUGUGGGGCUUUUGUUACUGGCUAAAGUACUGAUGUACAGGAAAGAAAUACACACUCUUAUGUGUAAUUACCUUUUUUUCUUGAUGUCGGACCGCAUCACAUUCUUUGUGCCAAAUGAAGAAUUUAAGGAAAUAGUAAUUGUUGAUUUUGUAUUCAUUAUUGAUACAUCUGAAGCCACUAUUGUCUUAACAAAGUCCAAUUUUGUCAAAUCUAACUUCACUUUUGAACUACAGGCUAUGUAGGCCUGUGGAAUAAUCAAAUGAGAACUAUUUGAAGCCUAGGAUGGUGCAUUUUGUCAGAGACAUAUUGUAUAUUGUUUCUCUGAUGUCAAGCUGUCUGUAAAGGCGUAUCAAAAAAAGGUUCGGAGUUGAAAUAUUAUGAUUACCUGUCAUUGCAUUUAGAAUCAAUGGCGAAAUGGAAACAAGUUAGAAAAUUGUAUAAGUACUAUACUUCUAUUGCAAAUAAUUGCAUUUUUAGUUUUGUUGUUUUGUCUCAAUUUAAACAAUUUUGCGUAUCUUUCAUUAGCAAUAUAUGUAAGUUUGCACUUAAUUUGUGUUUUCUUAAAUCUAACGACAUAGUGUACAGUGUAGAAAUUAGAAUACAUGAAUGAUGAUUUAUAUAUGUAAUAAAAUAAUAAAAUAUU